GCGGAGGCGCGGUCGUGAAAGAAGUGAAAGCGAAGAAGUCGAAGACGAUGGGGAAAGAUUCUGAUAGCGAGGCGGCGAAGGCGGGACGGGCCCACCCUCCUUACGUAAAGAUGAUAAAGGAAGCGCUGUUGUCGCUGAAGGAGCGCAAUGGGUCGAGUACGUACGCCAUAGCCAAGUUCGUGGAGGGGAAAUACGAGGUGCCACCUAACUUCAAGCCCAUGCUCUACCGCCAACUGAAGAAGCUUGUGAAGACGGGCAGAUGUCUGAAGAUCAAGAACAGUUUCAAGCUGAGUGACGAGAUGAAGAAGCCAGACAAGGCCGACCUGAAGGAGAAGAAGGAGAAGAAGGAGAAAGAGAAGAAGGAAAAGAAGGAGAAGAUGGAGAAGCAAUCGGAGAAGGAGAAGAAAUCGGAGAAGGAGAAGAAGGGAAAGGUCGAGAAGAAGGAGAAGAAGGAGAAGAAUGCGACGUCGUCGGCUGCGGCUGCGGCGGCGGCGGCGGCGGAGACUGCUGCUGUGAAGAUGGGCAAAUCUUCCAAGGAUACGAAGGCCACAAGAGGCAGAUCUACUAAAGCCUCCUCCGCCUCCUCCUCUGGCAAGGAGGCGGGUGUAGGAGCGGCGCCAAAGGUCGCUAAGGUGUCGAAGACUGCAAACGCAGCAAAGGAUGCGAAGCAACAACCGACGGAGUCCAAGCAGCGGACGAAGGCUGCUGCUGCUGUCCAAGUGGCAGCAGAGGCAGAUGGCGAAGGGAAGGAGGCCAAGGCAAAGGGAGCGAAAGGCGGCAAGCAGGAGGUGAAACCCAAGGCUGCGAAACCGAAGGCGACGACUAGCAAGGCGGCGGCGGCGCUGAAGGAGGACAAGUCUGAGUCGUUGAGGCAGGCGAGUCCAGCGAAAGGCAGGUCGAAGGCGGUCGCUAAGGAGGAUUCGGCAUUACCCGAAGGUAACGGAGUCUCAGCGAGAGGCAGGAAGAAGAGAAGGGGUGGUGAGGCAGUAGCAGCAGAGGGGGAGGAGGUUGUGGGCGUGCAGGCUCCUGAAGUCGUUGCAGCUACUGGGAGCACGCCGAAGAAGGGUCGGGUAGCAGAGGCUGCAGCAGUGGAGGAACCGGCCUCCCCGGCGGCGGAGACGAAAGGAGUAACGCCAGUCAAGUCCUACGGGAGAUCGAACGGCGGCAGAUCGAAGACGGACAGCGAUGAUGUCGAGAUCGAGGAUGCAUCACCUCAAAGCCCGGCAUCUGGUCCGAAGAAGAAAGGCAAGSSGGRGGSGRRSGGSGGGGSGGGGGGGGGGGGGMWAAGAACAGUGAGAAAGCCAGCGCUGUUCCAAGAAAGGGAGGCAAGAGAGGAAAGAAGUAGAGUAAUGGACAACGCCGCAUGUUUGCCGGCAUAUUGGAAUUGCCGCUUUCCUCUGUUAGUGGCGGCUCUUGCUUGUUGAUGUAACGAAUCUCUGGUUGUCCUGGGGUAUGAUUAGCCAUCAAUCAAAUAAAAGCUUCGGCCGCACUAGAUCAGGGCCGGUUCACCUCUUGCCCUCCCCACUAAAAGGGAUUGGCAGCCGGAUGAUGAUGAUGAUGAUAAUGAUGAUGAUGAUGGGCAACCGCCUUGCCGAGUGUGCUCCUUUCCUUCUAUCUCGUUUUUCCGUUGUUCUUUGAUAUCAUGUCGUCGUGGAGAGGGCUUUGGGCCCAGAACAACGUAGAUCUGCUCCCCUGCCGGUUUCCCUGCCGGUUUCCCUGCCGGUUUCCCCUUCCUCCUCCUUCCCCCCCCUUCUUUACCCGCGCGCCUUUCCCCCACGCCUGCUCCCCCGGCGCACGCUUCUGCAGCUCUUGCCCUCUCUAAAGAAGGGGCUGGUAACGGGGUGAAGAUGGGCAAUCAAUCGCCUUGAUUAGUGUUUUUCUUUAGGUUGAUCUCGUUUUUCCGCCGUUCUUGGACGUGUCCUGAUGAGAAGGGAACUUCGGCCUCACAAGACAGACACCUUUGAUUCCUCCCCGACACCUUUCUCCUGUCCCACAUGCGUCCCCCACCCCCACCCUUGCCCAUCCGUUCUUUGAUUCCUCCCCGACCGACCCCUUUCUCCUGUCGCUUCAGAAGGUACGGGGUCUUGGUGGGUUAAACUCUUCAGGUAAUUAAGAGAGAAGACGGUGCUCGGAGGAAGAUGGCUGAGAGGAACAUGUAAGCGAGGGGUAGGUUUUGAUUUUUGAUUUGAUCGGUUGGGGUCUAUAGUGAGAUACAGUAUGUAGACGAGUGUCACCAACUCGGUCGGUUAACGAUAGCUGUCGUGCCAGCAGCAAUGGUGUAUGUUGAUGGUCGGCGAUUGUAGUGGAGCGAGGAACUGACGGCGAUGCAGCGGAGCCCAGUCCCAAGGCUGGCUUUGGUCCCAGAUGGCCCGGAAAAGAGUGGUAAGGAUUAAGAGGGGGGGGUCAUGCCAGCAGCAAUGGGGCAUCAUGCUGAUGGGCGGCUCGGAUUUUAAGAUAGCGAGGAUCUUACGGCGAUGAUGCAGCCUAGUCCAGUCUCGAUGCUGUCCCCAGUCCCAAAGCUGGUGGACCUAGUCCCAAAGCUGGCAUGGAAAAGAGUGGUAAGGAUGAACAAGAGCGGGGGUCACGCUAGCAGCGAUGGGGCAUGUUAAGGGUCGGCGAUUGGAAUUGAGCGAGGGGCUGACGGCGGUGCAGCAGCUGAGUUCAGUCCCAAAGAUGGUCCCAGUCGCAAAGCUGGGGCUGAAAAGAGACUGCUAAGGCUCAAGAGCGGGGGUGAAUAAGUAGGGAGGGGGAUUUUAAAUAGGGACGGAGUGAUUUGUGGUAGAUCCAAGGCCUAAGAGGCGGAGGUUCGGGCGCUGUAAUCCGGUGUAGCGGACGAACUGUUUCGUGAAUGAGAACGGAGUGAUUGGUGGUGGUGUUGGUUUAGGGUUUAGGAGCGUCGUCGAGAUUGAGCGGCUGAGAUCCUGGGUAGCUGGUGUGUUUGGCGUCCUGUGCAUUCUACUUAUGUAGCCGGCUGAUUUGCAUGUUUGUUAAUUACGAAAAUAUGCAGGGGGAGUGUUUGACUCGCGGAACUAAUCGACGGCGUUGUAGGACCUUUCGGGGUCGCGGAGAGGGGGUACACUAGGGAUGGAACAUCUGAGACAAAGGCCCAUCACUUGGUUGUUGUUAACCCGACUUCAUGAAGCUUGGCACAAUGGAGAAUGUAGGUAGGUAGGUAAGUUUGGCAUAGUCCAGAAUGUGGGGGCAGGUAGGCUAUAUUGUUUGAGAGGAGGGCUGGAUUUGAUGUGAAAUUGCGGUGGUGAUUUGGCGGUUUGGAUCUUCUCUAGUGUUGCAAUGGGCUUUUGAGAUAAAGUGUCACAGAGACG